CAUCGAACAAUCGGAUCCCGGAGACAAUCUGAAGAAGACGAGGCGUUUCCAGUCGCUGUCUGGUCUGCUGUGCCUUCCUGACCGUCUCCAGUCGCCCUUCCCCGAGAUCGGACUACGAAAGGAAAACCGCAAAACGAACAUUUUCCCAGCUCAGUGGAUGAUGGAAACGGAGAAAAACCCUGAAACGAAGAUCAGAAGAUAACGAAAGGCGAGGAAUAUGACGACAAAUGGACAUAUUUUUAACAGUCGGGGAUCUCGAAGCGGAUGUUUCCCUCUCCAGAAACUGUGUGUUACCAUCCAGGAGGCUCGCGGAGUCGGGAUGUCCCAUAUAACUGCGCUAAACUCCGAUUAGGCAAAUGUAUGGGACUCGUGCUUUGGAACAAAGGGGAAAACAAAGUUUGACGUGAUUUGUUAAUUAGCUUCGUUACUACAGGCACAGACUCCCAGUAGUCAGAUUUCACACUCAUCAGCUGCUUGCGUUUGAUGGGGGAAAUAACCAAAACAAAGCAAUGAAGGUUACCGCAAGACCUUUAAGAUAGUUUUCAUACUAUUUUAUCGCCAUUCUGAAAGGAUGAAAAUCUGCUUUUGAAAAAUAUGUAUGAUGCUGGACUCUCCAAAGCUCAAAUCUUCUUGCCUGACUGCACCCCGAAGCCUGGACAGUUGUGCAAGUAAUUGAGGAUAAAGCCGAAUAUAUUGCAUUUGAAGAAGAAGGAGAAAUAAAAACAUGGCAGUUGAAGGCCGAAUAACAAUUCUUGACGUUGGACUGAUUGCCAUGGUGGUUCUCUUGGGUCCUGUGGCUGCGGCACAGAGUGAGCAGAGGGAGUGUGCGUAUGCAGAGCAGCCACAGGGUCUGGCCGAGCGCAUCGGUGGGCGUGGGGAAGGACUUGUCUUUCAUGAGAACUCUACUAUUCGCUGUUAUCAAGGACUUCGCUGCUUUGGACUCUGGGGCAAAAAAAAUAAUGGAGUAGUACUAGUAAAGCAAGGUUGCUGGACGAAUGUUGGUGACCACCAAGAGUGCUAUGACCGCUGUGUGGUGACCAACCCACCAUCAGUGGCUCAGAAUGGGACAUACCGAUUCUGCUGCUGCAACAAAGACAUGUGCAACCUGAACUUCACAGAGGACUUUCCACCUCCUUCCCCGACCACCGCACAGCCGCUUCAACCGCGCCGACUAUACAGAGAGGAAGUCAUAGUUGUCGCCUUAGCAACUGUAUCCAUGGUUGCUGUCCUCGUCAUUCUGCUUUUUUUCGGGUACCGCAUGCUAAGAGGACGUGGUAAACACUCACUGCAUACUUUGAAUAUUCUGGAGACGGCACUUUCACCUCCUUCGUUGGAUCUGGACAACCUCGCACUGCAGGAGCUGAUUGGUCGGGGCCGGUACGGUACAGUGUAUCGAGGUUCGCUGGAUGACCGAUCUGUGGCAGUGAAAGUUUUCAUUUCUGCUAACCGCCAGCAGUUCACUAAUGAGCGUAUGAUUUAUCGCCUCCUCCUGGAUCAUGAGAACAUAGCGCGCUUCUUAGAGAGCGAGGAGCGCGUCGGCACAGAAGGUCGGACAGAGUUUCUCCUUCUGCUGGAGUUUUAUCCUCAUGGCUCACUGUGCACGUAUCUGAGCGGCCGGACUGUGGACUGGUUGAGCUGCUGUCGUUUGGCUCUGUCUGUGACCAGAGGGUUGGCGUACCUGCAUACAGAGAUACAGAGAGGGGACGUGUAUAAACCGGCCGUGUCCCACCGGGAUCUGAACAGCAGGAAUGUGCUGGUUAAGACGGACGGCUCGUGUGUGAUUAGUGAUUUUGGACUGUCCAUGAUUCUGACGGAAAAGAGACCGCCCGGUCAUGGAGAAGAGGACAACAGUGCCAUCAGUGAGGUAGGUACAGUGCGGUACAUGGCUCCAGAAGUGCUGGAAGGAGCAGUGAAUCUGAGGGAUUGUGAGUCUGCGCUGAAACAAGUGGAUGUUUAUGCACUGGGUCUGGUUUACUGGGAGACCUUUAUGCGCUGUGCAGAUCUUUUCCCAGGUGAAACAGUGCCAGCGUUUCAGUUGGCAUUUCAGGCAGAGGUAGGCAAUCAUCCUACCAUAGAGGACAUGCAGGCUCUUGUGUCCAGAGAAAAAGAAAGACCCAAAUUCCCAGAGGCCUGGAAAGAGAAUAGCCUGACGGUGCAUUCUCUGAAGGAGACGAUGGAAGACUGCUGGGAUCAGGACGCUGAAGCCAGACUGACAGCUCAGUGUGCGGAGGAGAGACUCUCCGAACUGCUCCUCAUCUGGGACAGAGAAAAAUCAGCCAGUCCUGCUCUUAACCACAGCACUGCACUGUAUAACCACAGGAAUUUCUCUUCUGGAAGGCAGACACCUAAAGUGGGUUCUUUCCUCGAACACUCGUCUACAAACACCGAAGACCACGAAGGUGCUGAUAAACCGCUUCACAAUGACACCUCAGUGGAGCAAACCCCAGCAGGAGGAUCUAAUCCAGCAGAGAAGAACAGGAACUGCAUCAACUAUGAGUGGCAGCAGGCCCAAUCACGACAGUCUGGCACAGAAAGCUCCUCCGCUACUCCUGUCUCAGAGUCCUGCAAUGCCACGCAUCCUCCACCAGUGGCCACCAAUCUCUGUGCUCAGCUGACACGAGAAGACCUGGAGAUACCAAAACUCGACCCAAGCGAAGUCCAGAGGAAUAUGAGAGAGAGCUCGGACGAGAGCCUGAUGGAACAUUCGCAGAAACAGUUCUGCUCUCCUGAAACGUCAGCCUCGCAUGGCCCAUUUUACCCUCUCAUGAAGAUGGUUUCUGAGGUUUCGGGGUCACAAGGAUCCAGUCGGCAUGCGGACACCCCUAUAACCAUUUUACCUAAGCAGCAGAACGUCCCUAAGAGACCCAGUAGCCUCAGUCUGCAUUCGAAAACUGGGAAAACAUCCACCUCGACCUCUUCGUCGCUGCGGAUGAAGUUCGGAAAGCUUGGAAAGUCAAAUCUGAAGAAGGUUGAGAUGGGCGUGGCUAAAAGCAGUGUGGUGAAUGCGACACAUGAAGCCAGGCCAAUUACAGUUGCCAACAACGACGUGGCGGCAGCAAUGAAUAAAUAUGCAACUGAAACAGCAGCCGAGUCAGCAGGAAGUUCAGCCAAUGAGGACUUGACCUUCGGCCUCUUGAACACCAGUCCCGAUGAGCAGGAGCCUCUGCUGAGAAGAGAGGCACAUCCUGACAAUGCAAACAACAACAACAGCAAUAACAACAAUGGUGAGGGAGAUGGUGAUGGAGAGACAGAGGGUGGAGGAGAGGGUGGAGAGAACAAUGAGAGUGUCGGUCCAACAGGGGAUGCUCCGUCUUCUUCUACAGUGGAGCCGGUUGUGCUGCCUGGCCCGUGUCCUGCCUCAACCACAAUUCCUCCACAGGCCCAAAGCCAGGUGCAGUCACACGGAGAGGCUCUGCUCAGACAGAACCGUGUGCGAAGACCAGAGAGACCAAACUCUCUGGAUCUGUCCAUCACAACACUGCCGUUACUAGGGGGCAAGUCUGCCGGCGAUGGGACAGAGGGGUCAGGAGAUAAAAUCAAGAAGCGGGUAAAGACGCCUUACGCUCUGAAGAAGUGGCGUCCUGCCAGCUGGGUUAUCACCACUGACACACUGGAUGCGGAGGUCAACAACAACAGUCGUCACGGAGGCCUUGGGCAGAAUCAAAAUCAGGCUGGUACCAGCAGACCUAAAUCAGCUUCAGCUGUGUAUCUAGGCAGUCGAGGAGGAUCUCGCUUCUCAGAUCCUAAUGACUGUGACUUUUGAACUUAAAAAAACAGGCUAAAUCCAUGUUAACUCUGUAAAAAGGUCAAAAGCUGUGGAGUCAGAUGUGGAUCGAACCAUAUACAUGUCUUAAACUCAACCCCAAUCAUAAGCACAGUAAGACAAUUAUUGACUUUAUAUUGUAAAGAGCUAUGCAGCCCUCUUCUUGUUCGUUUUUGUGUUAAUCAAGCCACUUUUUGUUGCACUUUUUUUGCUAGAACUUCUCAAUCAAAUCAUUUUGACCAUUCGAAAUGGUCAUUUAUUCUUUUUAAACCCAACAUAUACCGACUCAUUCACAUUCCCAAGGUUAUGCAAAAUAUCCUGAAAAUAUCAGGGAAUUUUAAAAGUCUAAUUAUUGAAACGUAACAAAACUAUAACCUUAUAAUGAUAUAGUAAAGUUUCCAAACCAUUGUGGAUACAGACCCUCGUCUACAUUUCUGGAGAGCGCAAAAUACAUCCCAGAAGGUACGUUUUUUUGUAGUUUUUGUAAAUCCAUUAGAGGCAUCUGUGUGCGCUUUUUCAGAUCUCAAAUUUCUCUUGCAACUGCCAUUCUUACCUGCUCUUCUCACGUAAAUCCACCAGAGGCCGCUGUCGAUUGACUUGACCGACUAAUCCCCCCACCUUCCUCCUUCCCUAAACCCAACCGAUUGUGUUUACAAAAGCACCGAUUGGCCCGCACAUCACCUUUCCUAAACCCAACUGACAGUGUUUUCAAAACCAAUCCAGAAAAAGAAAAGCAGCCGCCUGAUUCGUUAUUCAAUUGUUUAUUUUAUUUUUUGCUUUUGUUUUACCUGCUUUCUGGAACCGUUCUUCGUCGUACUCGAACCCAGUCGUCACGGUCAACUCCGCUCCUUCUAAGUCCGUCGGCAUACACGGCAAGCCACUGGGCAAACUGGUAACAACGGAAAAGCCGUCUACACUGAGGAAAAUGGUCAGUUGGUAAGUGCAAAAAGGGCGUCAUACAGCCCCGUGGCGUUUGUUUUAAAGAUGAAAUGCAGCCAUAUGUACUUCUGGCUACAUAAUUCACGCUUUCCAGAAAUGUAUACAGGGGUAUGUAUUCACAAUGAGCGGUGUUGGAAGUUUCUAUAGUCAGUGUUGAUUUCUUUGUGUUAUUUUAAUAGCUGAACUAUUUCAUUGCUCUUUGUGAGUGUAAGCUCUAUAAAAUGAUGUAAAAAGAUCAAAAACCUCAGUAUAAGAUUAUAGGGCUACUCAUUAAUGUUUUUUUAAAUACUUUGAAUGGUGUCAAAGCUUUCCAUUUUUCUCAAAUGUGGACCUAAAAAAUAUGUUUACACUCUCUAAGGCGCUGUUUACGUCUGGUAUUAAGAUGUGUUUUGGUCAACGGGAUCACAACAGACAAACACAUUCCCAUUUACACCUGAUGCUUUAAUCUACUGUCCACUUUUUCAUUUUUGGGUGACUGUAUGCAUGGUCAAUUUCUGAUCUAAUGUACAAUAAGCAAGCACAAUUUACAUAUGAACUCUACAAAUGAUUACAUUUACCCUCUGAUACCAAGAAUACUACAGUACGCCUAAUUGCUGUGCAUUUGUGCUUUUUGCAUUUUUUCAGCAUCAAACCAAACUUUUUUUCAGAUAGUCAGGCCAGCAACAACAGAUCUUUAGUGGCUGGUUGAGCGUAUUUGACCAGAUGAGUGUGUAUGAUACAAAAGCUGUCAGACUGAAUGUGUUUUUAGGAUGCAUCUUGAUACCAGUUGUAAAAGCGGUCUGAUACUUUCCCAUAUACUGCUCUUAGAGAUUUAUUAGACAGCAUUUCUGUAGUUCCUGUGUGACUGUACUCACAGUUCGCAAGUGCUGUUAUAUAUCCAACAGUGUUGGGGAAAGGUACUUUAGAAAGUAAUGCAUUACAAUAUUGAUUUACACUUUGAAUGUUAUCACUCGAUUGAAUGGGCAUUAUCGGUGGUUAUCAGCUGAUAGAUAUGGGACAGUAGGGGCCUUCUGCACCUACUGGUAGGCUCAGAAGGCUGUUAUCAUUCAUCCACAUGGUUAAUCAGCUAUACUAAUAAAGAAGACUCCAGAUCCAGAUCUGUUUUUAGAUUACUGUGAUGGUUGGGUUUAGGGUUGGGGUAGGGGUAGAUGUUAAUAAAAUACAAAUAAUGGGAAAUUUAAUAAAUAAUAUAAAUAAAUCUUACGGUUAAUCAGCUAUACUAACAGAGAAGACUCCAGAUCUGUUUUUACAUUACUGUGACGGUUGAGUUUAAGGUUGGAGUUAGGCAUGGGCCGGUAUAAGUUUCUGACGGUGUGAUAACUUUGGAUAAAAAUAUCACGGUUUCACAGUAUCAUGGUAUUGUGUAUUACUACUCCAAAAUAAGUACUUUUUAAAUGUCUGAAACAAUUACUUUCCUCCCAUUUAAAACAACAUAUUUCACUUUAGGAAACAUUAAACAUUUAUGAUAUUUUUGAACAGUAAACAUGUCAGGCUAAAUAAUAAAAAUAAAUCAUUGACUUCUGGUGUCUUCAUAAGUUUCAAAAGCACUGAUUUCAUUACAACACAUAAAAAAACCUUACAAAUAUCUUAGGAAGGGUAUAAAAGAAUUUUUUUUUUCAGUUUAUAAACCUUGACUUUUCCAAACUGUGGUAAACCUUGAAAAGGUUAUUGUCCCAUGUCUAUUUGGGGUAGGGGUAGAUGUUAAUGAAAUACAAUUAAAGGGAAAUUUAAUAAAAAAAUAUAAAUAAAUCUUUAAUCUUUUUAUUUUUAAUCAGCUAUACUAAUAGAGAAGACUCCAAUUUCUUUCAUAAUAGUCUUUAAAUGGUCCUAAAAAGUUUUAAAUUUGACUUGAGGAAACCUGUAGAAACCCUGGUAAUGCAUUACCCCCAACACUGCUAUCCAACACCUCUUUUUUCCAUGAACGAGGUCCUAAAGAAGCCAACAGACAACAAAAAGCAAUUCAACACAAUUCACUGUGGUGCCACUAUCACGUAUCUUUCAGCAUCAGACACGCAAGACUGCAACAAGACAAUAUUUAGAAACGGUGUGACUGUAGGGAACUGCUGAUAUGAUCCAACCAGUCACGCCUCUCGCUUUCUGGACAAGCUUUACUCAGAGAUGCACAAAGCUGCGUAAAAACUGGCUUUUCUGGAUUCUGUUAGAAUGUCUAACGAAAUUUUGGACCUACUAUUUGUGUAUUUUUUUGCUAUGUGUGUGUGAGUCCACUUGUUCCAUGUGUUUGUGUCUCGUCUAGUCGCGUGAAAGGUUUUUGUGCUGCAUGUUUCUAUCUAUUCCUGUGCAACUUCAAACCUGUUGUGGUCACUUAAUGAACAAGGUGUCAACCAAGGGCAAAGGUUAAUCCGCUAGAAACCUGAGAACCGUCGAAGCACACAAGAGCAGCAUUCUACGCUAUGCACAAAAACAUGAAGCAGCUUGGGUCUGAAAUCAAACACUUAACUGCUCUGGCAUGUCAGUGAUAAUAAAUCGGACACUGUCAUUAUAGAGUCCUGUGUUAUCCUCCUCUUAACUGACUGUUGCAUGUCUUAAAUGCAUCUUAAAGAGCACAAAAUACCUUCAGCUAAGACCCUAGUGUGUUUCUGGACAUGUAUGUGUGUGUUGGUGCAUGUAUGUGUGAAUGAGUGUUUGCGUUCUGUUAUUCUCCUGUUAACACAAUCGUUGUAAUCAUAGUGUCGUGAUCAUUUUAUUACCCUCGCUGAGACAUUUUUGAAAAAUUGUGAUUUGUAUAAGAAAGGUGCAAACUGUAAAAGUGUAUUGUUAUUUGCAGAUUUAAAUUAAAUGAUGCUUUGCAUUUG